UCCCCGCCUCCCCUAGGAUGGAUGGAUGCGGCUGGAAGGAAAUGGAGGUGGCUCUGGUCAAUUUCGAUAACUCGGACGAGAUCCAGGAACAGCCCGGCUACGACCCAGACCUGAACCCCACCAGCGCCCCCAAAGGCCGGCCUGGGGCCAGCCCCUUCUCCAGCUGGAAGCUGCUCCUCGGCGACAGCGGCAGCCACGAGACGGCCUUCUGCCGGCUCCCCGGAGACUACCCGGACCCCCCGGGGCCGGAGCCCGCGGCCCUGAACGAAGGGAACCAGCGGGUGAUCAUCAACAUCGCGGGGCUGCGGUUCGAGACCCAGCUCCGCACCCUCACGCAGUUCCCGGAGACCCUCCUGGGCGACCGGGAGAAGCGGAUGCGCUUCUUCGACUCCAUGAGGAACGAGUAUUUCUUCGACAGGAACCGGCCCAGCUUCGAUGGGAUCCUGUACUAUUACCAGUCCGGCGGGAAGGUGCGGCGCCCGGCCAACGUCCCCGUCGACGUCUUCGCCGAUGAGAUCGCCUUCUACGAGCUGGGCAGCGAGGCCAUGGACGAGUUCCGGGCGGACGAGGGCUACAUCAAAGACCCCGAGACGCUGCUCCCCAGCAACGACUUCCACCGGCAGUUCUGGCUCCUGUUCGAGUACCCCGAGAGCUCCAUGGCCGCCCGGGGCGUGGCCACCGUGUCCGUGCUGGUGGUCAUCCUGUCCAUCACCAUCUUCUGCAUGGAGACGCUCCCCGAGUUCCGAGAGGACCGCGAGCUGAAGCUGGUGAGGGACCCCGGCCUCAACGUCAGCAGGCUGGUGCUCUCCCCGUCCAUGUUCACCGACCCCUUCUUCAUGGUGGAGUCCACCUGCAUCGUGUGGUUCACCUUCGAGCUGGUGCUCCGGUUCGUGGUCUGCCCCAGCAAGGCCGGCUUCUUCCGCAACAUCAUGAACAUCAUCGACAUCAUCUCCAUCAUCCCCUACUUCGCCACCGUCAUCACCGAGCUGGUCCAGGAGACGGAGCCCAGCGCCGAGCAGAACAUGUCCCUGGCCAUCCUGCGCGUCAUCCGGCUGGUGCGGGUCUUCCGCAUCUUCAAGCUCUCCCGCCACUCCAAGGGGCUGCAGCCUCCCCGCCACUCCAAGGGGCUGCAGAUCCUGGGCCAGACGCUGAAGGCGUCCAUGCAGGAGCUGGGGCUGCUCAUCUUCUUCCUCUUCAUCGGCGUCAUCCUCUUCUCCAGCGCCGUCUACUUCGCCGAGGUGGACGAGCCGGAGUCCCAUUUCUCCAGCAUCCCCGACGGCUUCUGGUGGGCCGUGGUCACCAUGACGACCGUGGGCUACGGCGACAUGUGCCCGACCACCGCCGGGGGCAAGAUCGUGGGCAUCCUGUGCGCCAUCGCCGGCGUUCUGACCAUCGCGCUCCCGGUGCCCGUCAUCGUCUCCAACUUCAACUACUUCUACCACCGGGAGACGCAGAAGGAGGAGAGGCAGAAGAACAUGCCCAAGGAGAUCAACAAGAUCGCCCCCAGCGUGGACUCGAGGAUGGGCAGUGCAGACUCGCUCAGCAAGACCAACGGCGGCUGCUCCGCAGAGCAGUCCCUGGAGUGAGCUGCGCCUGGCUUCCUGGCUGCGGGUCCCUCUGUCUCUGCGUCUCUGUGUCUCUCUCUCCCUUCCCCUGCCUCUUCCGCUCUGUUUUCCCAAAGAGAAAACGUCCCUUCGCGGCCAGCAGGCCACCUUUGGC